GGCAGCACACAGAUCCCUGCAGAAAUUCUCAUUUUCUAUAAACAAAAUAACCUUAUUUUUUUGUGCAGUUAUUGUAAUAGUGAAAACUCCAGUAUUUUUUUAUCACUUUCUGCUAAAAAGAUGUAUAAAUUUCGGGACUAUGCUGGUAGACCUUGUUCUCUGUGACAUCAAAGAUGGUCCCAAAGUGGCCAGAAUUGCAUAAAAAAUGCACCGGGAUACACUUACUGCAUUUUAAUGGGUUGCAGGAAGAAUCGUCUCUUAAAGGCACCAUUUCUCAACGUCUUUUUUUCGCCACUCGACGUGGGGGCAAGACAGAUCUCUUUCGUCUUUGGUUCAGUGUUAUCUUUAUUGGCCAUUUUUACUGGCAUUAAUAAUUACUUUAAACAUUUCGUCAAAGUUGUGAUUUUUCCCUUACAAUUAUAUUUAAAGUCGUUGUUUUUUGUUAUACGUGAUUUAUUUCGAUUUCAUUUAAGCAUCAUCUGUGCAAUGGUGCAAUGGACGAAAUAACGGAACUACAAAGGUGUACGCGGAAUGUACUGCUAGUUAUCGCUUAAACAAAUGAGACCUAUGUUUUUGCAACAAAGCUUGCCUAUCUUUCGGCAUUCGAAGAAGACUGCAAGAUUACUAAUACUGUGCUUGUACAGUUACUGAUGGAAUUCGGGAUAUUUUAAAAUAAAAGGGUAUACCUUUUUCACUAAAGGGUUAAUAUAGCCUGCUCUGACGUCUGAAUCUCAAUUUGUUCAGUGCAUUUUUUUUGCAAUGUGCAAAUUUUUCCCUUAGUGACUUUGCAAUGAGAGGAGCAAAUCUACAUCAUCAUCAGCAAUAACAAGGGAAUGCAGAUCACCCCCCCACCCCUCACCCACCCACCCAAACGUUUACAUCUGAAAAAAGAAAGAAAUCCUUAAACACAAAACACACUGAGGAGCUUUCGCCCCUGGAAGGAGAAGAUCUGGAACAAUGUGUCUCCUGCAGAUCUCGACUGGGAAAUUGCAGCAGCUAAUCUAACUUGGAAGAAGCUGCUGCAUUUUUUUUUCCUUUAUGUUACUUUGUUAUUUUUAAUUAUUUUUGUACAUUCGUUUAUGUACAAGAUGCCUGAUUUUAUGGUGUUGGUAGAAGGGAUCUGUGGUUUGCACGGAUUUCCUUAGGUGGGAAAAUAUCUGACGAAUUCUUACCUUCAUAUAUAUAUAUAUAUCCCAGCCUUAUUGAUUUUCGUGUAUUUAUUUAUUUUUCCAAGUGGAUUUUAAUUAAUUAUUUUACUGAAUUAGUAUUCUUAUUAUUUCUUAUUGUACUAUUCGUUUAAUUCUUUGGACCAAAGGCGGUUGGAUUAUUGAAACUGUGAAAAAGGAAUAGUGGAAAUGUGGGGUCUCCAGGAAGAUAAAUUAUGUGGAAUUUUCUGUGCUCUGGCGGCUCUGUCACUUGUCUGCUGUGCUCAAAGCCCUUCCACCGGAAAUAUAUCUGUGGCAAAAAAGACAGUGGACAAAUUGCUGAAGGGGUAUGACAUCCGCCUGCGACCUGAUUUCGGAGGUCCUCCUGUGAUAGUUGGCAUGAGUAUAAACAUCGCCAGCAUAGAUUCAAUAUCAGAAGUGAACAUGGAUUAUACAAUUACAAUGUAUUUCCAGCAAAGCUGGAGAGACAAACGUCUAGCCUACACAGAACUUGCUCUCAACCUUACUCUGGACAACCGUGUUGCUGACCAGCUCUGGCUCCCAGACACCUAUUUUCUUAAUGACAAGAAGUCUUUCCUGCAUGGUGUGACGGUGAAGAACCGUAUGAUCCGUCUGCAUCCGGAUGGUACAGUGUUGUACGGCCUAAGGAUAACCACAACGGCUGCCUGCAUGAUGGAUCUGCGGAGAUACCCCCUGGACCAGCAGAACUGUACCCUUGAAAUCGAAAGCUAUGGAUACACGACAGACGACAUUGUAUUUUUCUGGCAAGGGGGUGACAAUGCAGUUACAGGGGUAGACAAACUGGAACUGCCUCAGUUCUCAAUUGUUGAACUGCGGCUGGUGUCCAAGGAAGUCAGGUUUACAACAGGUUCCUAUCCCAGGUUGUCCCUAAGUUUCAGGAUAAAAAGAAAUAUUGGAUAUUUCAUUCUGCAAACAUAUAUGCCUUCUAUCUUAAUCACAAUCCUCUCCUGGGUUUCUUUCUGGAUAAACUAUGAUGCCUCUGCUGCUCGGGUGGCACUGGGUGUCACAACGGUGCUCACCAUGACAACCAUCAACACCCACCUUCGAGAGACCCUCCCAAAGAUCCCUUAUGUGAAAGCCAUCGAUGUCUACCUCAUGGGCUGCUUUGUUUUUGUCUUCUUGGCCCUGCUCGAAUAUGCCUUUGUGAACUAUGUCUUUUUUGGCCGAGGCCCCCAGCAACAGAAAAAAAUCAACGAGAGACUGAAUAAAGCUAACAACGAGCGCCCACGAUAUGAAGAGAAGCGCCUGAGGGAACAGGAUUCCAUUUCAGCGCCGUAUCAAACCAACACCAUCAGGUCAUAUUCACAACGAAGGAAUCUGUAUCUCGAGGAACAAAGAAAAGUUGGGGUUGAUCCUUAUGGGAACAUUCUUCUGACAACAUUGGAAAUGAACAACGAGGUGAUGCCUUCUGAAGCUGCCAGCAGUGUCAGCGACUCCAGGAAUUCCGUUAUGUCUUUUGAUAGCUCCGGGGUGCAGUUUAGAAAGCAGAUGGCAUCGCGAGAUGGGUUUGGCCAUGCCACACUUGACCGUAGUGCUGCACGCAACCGUGCCAACUGCCGUCUACGGAGGCGAUCUUCUAAGCUGAAGCUUAAAAUCCCAAACCUUACAGACGUCAGCACCAUUGACAAAUGGUCCAGGAUUGUAUUUCCUAUUACCUUUGGAUUUUUCAAUUUAAUCUAUUGGUUGUACUAUGUGAAUUGAUGUGCAUCAUCCCAGGAAACGUGGGCCAUAUUUUGAGAGCACAUAAAAUUGGCUUUGUUAUGACUGAAAGAAUUUACACACACAUAUAUAUGAAAAUAUUUAUAUAUGUGUGUGUGUGUGUGUUUAAAAGACUUACCGAUGUAAAAAGUAUUAUAAGAAUGACUUGAAUGUUUAAGAAAAAAAAUGAGAUAAACAUUUCAAGCCUUUGUAUUUCUUUUAGUUCUUCUGAAAAAUAAUCUAAAAAAAAUCCUACAGUGGGAUUGAACUCAAGACUGCAUGAUAUUUUUGCUAAAAGAAAGAGUUCUUAAGCAAAGACAAUUCAGACUGUACCACUGGAUUUUUAUCAGUACAUGUUCUACUCAGCAUUCUGCCAGCAGCUCAUUCAACCAGUGGAACUUUUAUUUUCCAGGAAAUCAGCUGUACAAGUUCAUAAGCAGCGUCUGAAUCUUCUUUUUGUUACCAUGGAUAAACAUACAGAAUUCUCUGUUUUUACUCUGUAUAGUAACUUUUUGAAAUAUGUGUUGUUCCUCGGUUCUGAAUUGGAAAGGAAUUGCUUAAUGGACAUUGGCUCUAGCUCUGGCCUACGUUUGGUAGCCAUCUUGAGUAACCUGAUAUGAUUCAGAGUCAGCGCAAAAAUGUUGAUUUUCAUGUCAUUAUGCUUUGGAGAAAUUCCUUGGGGUAUUUUUUAAUUCUUAUUAUGAUUAUUUUGUCUUGAAAAUAAUGUGUUUCAGGAGAGUGUCACCAUCACAAGCUCUAGGAUUUGUGCAUUAUUAGAUAGUGAGGCACAAUUAUGCAUAAUUAAUUUAUAUUUAAAAAUAGCAUCUACUGUACAUUCUUUCAAUCAGUAAGUACAUUUUUACAUGGUUAGUUCAUUACUGUAUUAUUUUUAUGAACUGGUUCUUAGUGCUCCAUCUGUUCUAUAGAUAUUCACUGCUUUGUUUUAUGUGUAAGUAGCGAGAAAACCCCUAAUGAGCAUUGAUUAUUCACAGUUUGGAUAAGAAGAGUAUUCCAUCAACCAUAUUCAGAUGUAUAAAAAAUAUUGUGUAUUAAAAAAGGAAUAUCAAUUUACAUUUUUCUAUUUUAAAUGUAAAACUACAUCUCAACACAGUGUGGACUAUAUGAUAUGCUUUGCUCCUUCAUCAUAUGUACAUAUUCUUUUUUACACCCUGGAAGUGUUAUUAAUAUUUCAGGUUGUUACCAAUACCUGUCAAAAGUUUCAUGAAUUGAUUAGUUUGCCUUUUAAACUGGUAGCAUGGUUAGUGAAACCCUGCUCGCUAAGAUCCAUCUUAGAUCAUAUACUAUUUUAUGCAGCCUGCAAUAUCGUUUCUACAAUACAUUUCCUUUGUGCACAGCUGAGUAUGAAUCUGGAAAUGGUUGGAGUUUCAGGGGGUUAAAAAAACAUUUUAAUGUCAAACUUUCUGUUCCUUCAUCUUCAAAACAAGUUGUACUCUUGGAUGACCUCCUUUGCACAUGACAGGAAUUCAGCACACCUUAAGAGAGAAUCUGUCAACAUUCUUAGGAGCCUUCCUUCAUGAGAACAGUUCUGUAGCAUCACUCUCCUGUAUAUUUCAGUCACCUUUCACAAUAGUACAUAUCAGUCAGGAACCCCACUGUAUCUCAAAUAGAAGUGCUACAAAGUAUGAUUCCUGUUCAAAGACGUUGGCUAGAAUUCAUGGUACUUGACAGUGGCCAGGACUCCCAAGUGAUGUUUUGUAAGUGACUGAGCAUUGUCAUCUGUGCUUCAGCUGGCCAUGAUAUCCUAGUCCUGCCACUCAGCAGUGACUCCUGGGAUUUACAGGCGUCUCAGUGAGAGGCCUGUUACUCCUCCGUCUGACAGUAAAUCUGUUAGACACUGUAGACCCCAUAACAUAUCGAAUGGUGGGUGGUUCUGCAGGAAGCAUAGAAUUAAUUAAUUUUGUAGAGUGCUUUUCAUUCUGUUGAAUCCCAAAGUGCUUUACAUAUAGGAAGGGACCGGGCUCAUCUGUUCUAUUGGAGUGCAGCAUUCACUUGGGUGACACGUGGCAGCCAUUAUGGAUCAGCAGCUCCACUGCACAGCGGAUUAGAUAGAGAACCGAGAAAUGGAAGGCCAGAAGGCCAGAUUUUGCAAGCCCUAGUGAAAUAAAACCAUGACAUUGGGAUUAACAUACCUACACUUGCAAACAGCGCCAUAACAUCUAAUCCAAAGCAUGGCACCUCCUUCGGCACAGUGUGACCAUAGUGGUUUGCAUUAGAAAGUCUGGUCCAGAGGCAAGAGUGCCAUCUACAGGUCCACAACACCAGCUGCAGCAGCAACCUGCUUUUUCUUAGAGCUCAUCUGAGAAGUAAUCUGGCCCAGCCUUGCUGAGAUGUAACAAAAUCAGGCCGCAAGGUGGUACUUUUGCUGUCAGAAGAAAAACAGUCUAAGUUUUCGUUUCCUCCUUGCUAGUACUGGGGCUAUAGCCAAGAUAAUAGGCUUUCCAAUUUGACAAUUCCUGACUGAGUGUCUGAGUGUCUGAAAAGAUAAAAUAAUUAGCAAUUUCAUUUUUGUAAUUACAAAUGCAGCCAUCUUAUUUGUGAGAUGAAGAUUUUUUUUUUCACAGCAAUGCCAAAGAGGCCUCUUUUUCAGUGUCAUUGUUACUGCUUUUUCUUUUAAAUUUGAAACUUUACUGUGUGAAUACAAUCACAGGAUAGAAUCGUGACUGCAUUGAUGAGCGCUGGUUUGUAAACGGAAUGGAAAGCUGUUGAAAAAUCAAACUAUUUAUUGAUUAGCAAGUCGUGGUGAACACUAAAGGAACGCAUCGAGAGAGUAGUUUGUCACCUGCACUUACAUGUCAUUUUAUUUCUCAGUCAGUGCCUGUCCUGUUGUAUGUGUCCUGCUGCAUUGUCAAAUAUCUUUUGUGCAGAUUGCUAUCUGACACACAAAUGUACUAUUCCAGCAAAAAUAGUAAUUGCUGGAAAGACUUCAAAGCUCAAUCACAGAAAGUCACAAUGGGGGGCUUAAGAGUAGAGCACCAGCUAAAGCAAGAUAGGCUGACAAAUGGAUUCAUUUGUGUCAUAUAUUUUCUCAAAGGGUUGAGAAGACAUUUCAGAAGCCAAUGUUUUCUUGAACAGUUAAAAAUGCUAAUGGCCUAAUGGAAGAAAAAAACAAUCACACAAAAUGCAUCACAAGAGAAGGCAAGGUAAAUAAGGAAGAGGGAAGGAAAGAUGAUAAAAUUAAUUCUUACAAAAACAAAAAAGGAACAUGCUUGGCACAAGUCCUUUGAUUGGAAAUAAAAAUAAAACAGGAUCACACUAACACUUGAUAUCUUUGAUAAUGGUGUGAUCACAGCAGGCUUAAAUUUGAGAUUCCAAUCCAUAAUAAGGUGUGAGUCUUCACACAGAAUUAUUAUGAUAAACCAGUUCCCUAUGACAAUAAGUAGCACUUUUAUUUUGAGGUGUAAUUUUUUUAAAAAUGUUAGCCACUUGAAUUUUUUUUCUAGGAUUAUUUGUUUUUAUUUGUUUUACUGAAUAUACUUACACACUUAGUUAUGCUACCAAACACAUGAUAAUUUUAACGAAAUAUCUACAGUAAUAAACAUGUAAAAUGCCUUAAAAUAACAAUGAGAAAAUGAAUUAGUAACUUGGGAGUGAUAAAGAGUGACUCCAAAAAAACAGUAUUUGUAAACCUAGUGGAUAGAAUUAUGAAUUAGAAUAAAGCACCCGUAUUUCCAUUUUUAUAGAGUUUUCUAAAUCAUUUCAGUAAAUACAUUAUGAAUAGUGUUGUGUAUCUGUGACUUCAGAUUACAGCCAGGCUUUACUUACUUCCUAUAAGAACUUUAUACUUCUAAUAUGAUGAAGAAAGACAUGGAUGCAAAUGUGCAAGAAGUUAGUGGAACAACCAAGAUAUUGCUAUAGCUGAAUUAAAAAUUCAAUGACAUUUACAGGGUGUAAAAAUAAAAUAAGAACCAAAAAACAAAUUUUAAAAGUUAAAAGGAUGUAUAUUUAAUAAAAUAUAGGCCUAUAAUUUAAAUGUAUGAGAAAAUUAUUUAUUGUACAUAAGAAUGCCAUAAAUGGUUGCCAAUUUGAAUCUUAUAUCUGUAAACUAACAAAAUAAUAUAACCCUUUAAAGGACAUAAAAUGAGCUUCAGAGUAAUCUCUCAAGAAUAAUCAACUUGUUAAUUAUGUGCAGUAGAUGAAAAUCUAAACUCUUCUGAUUUUUUUUUUUCCAAAAUGCAAUUAAUAUGCACAAUAAAGAACUCUGAACUAUGGUUGAGCGGGUACUUAAAUUUAUAAAAGGAGGUUAAUAUGAAUUCAAAGUGGGAAAAUGAAAGCUCCUUCUGAAGUUUAAGAAUUUGUUCCAAGUAGUAAACAUGUAAAUUUUUAGGAUCUUAAAUAUCGGCAAUAGCCAAUGUUCAGCUGCAUUGAGAACUAUUUGAUUUCCUCUUGAAAUUUUAUCAGCUAACCAGGAAACCAUUAAUGUAUAUCUACUGUAACUAUGCAUUUUUGCUUUAUAAUGUUAAUACAAAUGCAUGUAUCACAAAGAAAUUCUGCACUAACAUUGGUCACAAUGCAAUGUUUGCACUGCCUGUCCAUGCAAUUCAACUGCUUUGUCUAGAAAUCGUAAUUAAGACACCUCCCCCAGACAAUGAAUGAGCUUUGCAUUAUAUAUUUCUCUAUAGUGCCAUACAAUGUGCUAAUCAAAGGUGUUUUAAAACAUUUUUUAAAGUGACUGAUCCAUAUGUAAAUUAAUCAGGAAUCAAUUGGAGUUAGCUAACAUUUAAAAGACAACACAAACAUAUGGGCAAGUUACUGUUUGUUCCGUGAUUUUAAAUAUUAUUCAGUCGCUUGGUAUGAAAGUUUACAGAUACCUCAAAAAGAUACAGUACAAAACUGAACACACUGAGCCUUAUGUAGAUGAUAAAUACUCUGAUAUUUAUUUCUGAACUAUAAUACUUGAAAUAAAAGCUUUCAGUAUUAGACAUGGAAAAGAAUAAGGAAAUGCAUGGCCAACUAAAUGUGCUGUUAUUUUAAAAAUACAUGCAGUAGUAAAACAUUGGUGCCAAUGUGCUUAUUUUGUAGAUCUGAAAUUUGUUCACAUUCUCUGAAUAUAGUGUAAUCAUCACUUUUAUGAAAGGGGCUGCAGAAGAAGAUUAUGGUGCCACGUAUUUGUAGUUUUGCGCAUGACAGGUAUACAAAAUGUGCACAAGUUGAUAACUACAAUCACAUGAAAAUAGUUUUCAGCAAUGUUUUGGUUUAAAGCACAUUUUCAUUGUCCCAUGUUAUUAGAAAUUAAAGUAAGAAAGGUUGAAUGAUGUACCAGUAAAUUAACAAUUCUGUGACAACUAUUACUAUUUAAACCUGAAAGCCAUAGGUUUAUUGAGCAGAAUCCAGGACCGUUAAGUUUGUUUUUCCCCAGAUUCUUCUAAUGUGGCCUUAUCAUAGGGCGCCACAUAAAAGAAUGAAAAAAAGUCAUCAACCAUAAGUUCUGACUGAGUGGAAGGCAGUUGUUCAAAGCUACUGCAUAAGAACCAGAUGUUCGGUGGAUUCAAAUAUGGACUAUGUCACGAAGUGGAAUUUCUAGCCGGCAAUGAAAAUUCUUGCCUUGCACCUCAUGGGGGCUUUGCCUGUGUGCCACCUGUGUAUCUAAUAAAGUUUGACCUUUUUCCAUCUUCAUUUGGGUUGUCAGAGUUUUUCAACUCCAACUCCUGAAGGGUGAUCAUAAAAUGUGAUAUCUGGCUGUGCCAGUCCAUGGCAUUUAGUUCUUGUGUUUCAUGUUUCAAUUCACCCAAUAGCCAGGUUUCCAGGGUUGUUAUAAAGAAACCAUUCAGAUUCUUUGACUUACAGCCUUGUGGGCAGUCUGAUUACUUUUAUUGUGAAUGGAUGGAAACCUUGUUGAAUGCUUUUCUGGCCUUAAUGGAAAUGAAAUAAUUUCCCGCAGCAUUUAAGGCAUUUUUAACCUUUUCUUCAAUGUUAAAACUGGUGACCAGAUAACAAACGUCACUAUACUGUACAUGUAGUUUACCUUGGUGGUCACAAAUAAAAUCUUAUCAGCUUACGGAGUCGCACUGUGAAAUCCCUUAUGCCACAACUUUUCAGUGACAGUGGGAGUAUACAAUCCUCUUAAUAUCACUGUAAUAUCCCUUUAGUCUCUUUGAUAAAAAAAAACAUAGUAAAGACAACCCUCCCUGAAAAGAAGUGCUAUUUCCUUUUCAUAGCGGAAUGACUGGAUCAUAACACAUCCAAGUUAUGGAUUUAGGAAUAAAAAUAACCUAUGCAGUUAAAAGUCCCAGCAAUGUCCUUACAAAACAAUAUUUAUCAAACUGUUUUUGUACUGGAGUUAAGGCUCAAGAAUGUGGCCCUUUUUUAACAAUUCUGUGUAUAAUACUGCUCAGCUGUAGCCAAAAAAAAUUAAAAAUAUUGGACUUUAUAACAACCCGUUACGUGUUAUACACAUUAAUUCAUUUUGGGAAAACUGCCUCUUGGUGCUCUGGGCUUCAGAGCUGACCCUUCGUACUGUC